AUGGAGUCCACAAGCACCCCUGCCGCUGCCGUUUCGUAUGUCCCCCUCGCCGAGCCACCGCACGAAAAGACGAUCGAUGAACCCGCCGGUGUCGCGACAACGCCCGCCGACGAAGGCCUCGUGUACGGCGCGUGGAAGGCCGACAUUUGCGGCUGCUUUACGCACUGCAUGCCCAACUGCCUCUUGGCCUACUGCUGCCCGUGCGUCCCGCUGGCGCAGGUCAUGGCUCGCAUCGGCGGCAGCUACUGGACGACGCUGCUUACGUUUUUCGUCAUCUACCUCGUCGGCCAAGUCUCGGCGGGUCUCAUGCGCUGGCAGCGCGCGCCGUCGUGCCGCUACUACGACGACGACUGCGCCACCUCGUACUCGAGCGGGGUGUACGUCUAUAGCGUCGCCUUCUGCCUCGCGACAAUCGGCAUUUCGUACGUGCGCGGUCAAGUGCGCAAGGCGUUCCAGAUCCCGGGCUCGAGCUACGAAGAUUGCCUCUGUGCGUUCGCGUGCAGCUGGUGCUCGAUCGCACAAAUGGCGACGCAAGCCAACACGUACACACCCGGCGCGUGCGACUGCGAAGCCAAGGGCACGCUGCCCGCGUUCCAGGCGUGA